CCGGUGCCGCGUGUGAAGAGCCCGUGAAGGACCAGGGGCUUGCCGGCGACAUGGAGUACCUGCAGGGCCCCGCGGCGAGCAGCGCCGGCUGCGUCCUGUGCUGCGAGUGUGGUGUCCCCAUCCCCCCUAACCCGGCCAACAUGUGUGUGGCCUGUUUGCGGACACAAGUGGACAUCAGCGAAGGGAUUCCCAAACAAGUCUCGGUUAACUUCUGUAAACAGUGUGAAAGGUAUCUUCAGCCACCAGGGACAUGGAUACAGUGUGCCUUAGAGUCAAGGGAACUUCUUACUUUGUGUUUGAAAAAAAUCAAGGCCUCUUUAAGUAAGGUACGACUGAUCGAAGCUGGCUUUGUUUGGACUGAACCUCAUUCCAAACGGCUUAAAGUCAAGCUGACUAUCCAGAAAGAGGUGAUGAACGGUGCCAUCCUUCAGCAAGUGUUUGUGGUGGAGUACGUGGUUCAGUCACAGAUGUGUGAUGCUUGCCACAGGGUGGAAGCCAAGGAUUUCUGGAAGGCUGUGGUGCAAGUCAGGCAAAAGACUUCACACAAAAAAACUUUCUACUAUCUGGAGCAGCUGAUCUUGAAACAUAGAGCACAUCAGAAUACCCUUCGGAUUAAGGAGAUUCAUGAUGGCUUGGAUUUCUAUUACGCUCAGAAACAGCAUGCCCAGAAGAUGGUAGACUUCCUCCAGUGUACCGUCCCUUCCAGAUCCAAAUCUUCACAGAGACUGAUCUCUCAUGACGUUCAUAGCAAUACAUAUAAUUACAAAAGCACUUUCUCUGUGGAAAUUGUUCCCAUAUGCAAGGACAAUGUUGUGUGUCUGUCUCCAAAACUGGCACAAAGCCUUGGAAACAUGAGCCAGAUUUGUGUUUGUAUCCGAGUUACCAGUGCCAUCCACCUCAUUGAUCCAAACACACUGCAGAUUGCUGAGAUCGAUGGGAAUACCUAUUGGCGCUACCCGUUCAGUAGCUUAUGCCACCCCAAGCAGCUGGAGGAGUUCAUCGUAAUGGAAUGCAGCAUCAUUCACAACCAAAAAGCUGUGCCAGGGGCUGGCGUGAGAUCAAAUAAACACAUGCUCGGGGAAGUCUGGGUGCAGAAGACUUCAGAGAUGAAUACAGACAAUCAGUAUUUCUGCCGGACUCAUUUAGGACAUCUUCUGAACCCUGGAGACCUGGUACUGGGGUUUGACUUGGCCAAUUGCAACCUGAAUGAUGAGUAUGCCAACAAAAUGAACACCCAUCAUGUUCCUGAUGUGGUAUUAAUCAAAAAGAGUUACGAUCGUGCCAAACGUCAGCGUCGCAGGAACUGGAAGCUCAAGGAGCUGGAUAGGGACAAAGAAACCAUGGAUACAGAUGAUGAAAGGCAAUACCAGGACUUUCUGGAAGAUCUGGAAGAAGAUGAGGCAAUCAGAAAGAAUGUCAACAUUUAUAAAGCCUCGACGGUCCCUGUGGAGAGUGAUACGGAUGAUGAGGGAGCCCCUCGAAUUAGCCUGGCGGAGAUGCUCGAGGACCUUCACAUCUCUGAAGAUGCCACUGGGGGAGAAGGGGCGUCGAUGAUGGCCUGACGGAUGAACCGUGCAAUGGACUUUGCUUCCUCAUCUGGAAAAUGAAAGCUUGGACAAGGAGGUCUCCGAGAUCCCUUCCUGCUCGAGAAUUUUUUGUCACUGUAAAAUGUUAGGCCGUUUGAAAACAGGAAAGGUUUGAAACCUAAAAAAAAUUGAGCGGAAUUGAGUGCUUACCUGCAUGUCACAAAGGAAAUAAAGCUAUCGAUGGAUUUAAGCUUUUGGGGAAAGUUUCUGUUGGAUACAUGGAAGCCUAGUUACACUUACCUUAUGUCACUUUUAAAUUUUAUAAAUAUCUUAGGGAAAAAUGGAUACAUUGUAAUAUCUGUUAUGUUGUUCACAUUUCCAAAUUUACCUUUGAGCUUAUUUUUCCCCUCAUGUCUUCCAGUCUUUUCCCCUCUCUAGAGCUUGCCUGGAUUGUCCUCUGGCCUACUUCGCACAGCCCCCCCUCUCCCUGAUGAGCUUUGUUUUUUGACUUAGAUCCUUGGAAGACUCAUGCCACACCAGCCUCUGCCCCCUUUAGCUCUUCCCAAACCAAAGCCCCCCAAACCAGUACUUUAGAAUAGAGGUGUUAAAACAUGUCCCACAACCUUCCAAGUGUGGCCAGAACCAGAUUAAAACGUGAUUGGGAAAUAUUUAACAAAAUAAUUAAAAAUGCAGUCAUAGAUAACAAUGUUUUAAAACUCAGUCAAUAUGCAGUCUGUAAGGAUCCUUCUGUUUGGAUUAGGGGCCUCCGUUUUUGUUUUGCAAAAUAUUUGACAUCUUUUGGGGAGGAGUGUUGGUCCUUUUCAUUAAAGAGGCAUUUGUGUUUUUGUUCAUAA